AUGGCUGCUCAAGUUAUCGUUGUUGGUGGUGGACUGUCUGGAUUAUCUGCUGCUCAUACUGUUCUAGAGCACGGAGGGAAUGUCGUUGUGAUCGAUAAGAAUUCAUUCUUUGGUGGGAACUCGACAAAGGCUACUUCGGGUAUCAACGGUGCUUUGACUAAGACACAGAUAGCUCUCGGAAUUAAAGACUCCGCCGACGUGUUUGCUGCUGACACGACACGUUCAGCUCGUGACCUAGCUCGUCCAGGACUCAUCAAAGUCCUCACAGGCAACUCGGCAUCAGCCGUAGAAUGGCUACAAGACAAAUUCAAGCUCGACCUUUCCCUCGUUUCUCGACUUGGUGGCCAUUCUCAUCCGCGUACCCACCGCGGAAAGGAAAUGUUCCCGGGAAUGACAAUCACCUACGCGCUUAUGGAGGGAUUAGAAGACUUUGCUAAAGUGCAUCCCGAUAGAGUAAAGAUAUAUAUGAAGGCUCGUGCAACGAGAUUGCUCAAAGAAGGCGAUGCUGUCGUGGGAGUAGAAUAUGAGAAAGAUGGAAAGGUGUUCCAAGAACGCGGUCCAGUUGUCUUGGCUACCGGAGGUUACGCAGCUGAUUUUACGGAGAAUUCACUUUUGAAAAAAUACCGUCCCGACAUCUUCCACCUCCCAACGACCAACGGUGACCAUUGUACAGGAGACGGACACAAGAUGGUCCUUGCUAUUGGAGGCAAAGGCAUUGAUUUUGAAAAGGUUCAAGUGCACCCAACAGGACUUGUCGAUCCCAAAGACCCUAACGCUAAGGUCAAGUUUCUUGCUGCUGAAGCUCUUCGUGGAGUCGGCGGUUUACUUCUUAACGGCGAAGGAAAACGCUUCUGCGAUGAAUUGGGUCACAGAGAUUAUGUCACUGGAGAGAUUUGGAAGACAAAAGGACCAGUGAAUUUAGUUCUUAACGGUAAAGCGUCAAAAGAAAUCGAGUGGCAUUGCAAACAUUAUGUCGGUCGCGGGUUGAUGAAGCAGAUCAAGGGCGGUGAUGCAUUGUGUAAGGAGCUUAAAGUCAGUCACGAAGCUUUGAAGGCUACGUUUGCGGAUUAUAAUGAUAUUGCUACCGGAAAGAAGAAGGAUCCUUACGGAAAGAAGUUUUUCCACAAUGGACCGCUUGUAUUUGACGAUGUAUUCCAUGUUGCGUUAAUGAGCCCUGUACUUCAUUAUACUAUGGGCGGUAUUGAGAUCAACCCAGAUGCAGAAAUUCAAUCUGUAGACGACAAAACAAUCCCUGGCCUUUAUGCGACAGGUGAACUUGCUGGAGGUGUGCAUGGAGCUAAUCGCCUUGGAGGUUCAUCUCUUCUUGGAUGCGUUGUUUACGGACGUGUUGCUGGAGACAGUGCUUCUCGUUAUCUUCUUCAACAACUCUCAGCUGCAACUGCCAAUCGUCGUCUCGAUCAAUUGGCUGGCCAGCUAAAUAAAUACGAAACCAAAGUAUCUGUUGACCCUGUAGCUCAGAAAGUAUCACUUGAGAUUUCUUGGAAUCAAGACGGUAGUGCUCCGACUGCUGUUAGCGCUUCACAACCAGUAACUGCAACGACUUCUCAACCUGCUUCCGCUGAACCUGCUGCACCAACCGAAAAGACGUUAGGUUCGUAUACUGCAGAUGAGGUCGCAAAACAUAAUAAGGAUGACGAUUGUUGGGUUAUUAUUGAGGGCAAAGUAUUAGACGUGACCAAAUUCCUUCCUGACCAUCCUGGUGGCAAGAAGGCUAUUCUUUUGUAUGCUGGUAGAGAUGCUACCGAAGAGUUUUUAAUGCUUCACAAUAGGGUGUGUAAAUAA